CGCACUCAGUAACAACCCGGCUCUCGCCCUCGCCAAAAGCGGCGCGCUCUUCGCGGAUUCGGAUUCGCGACCACGUGUUUUUCACGCCGCUCUCGCGAUCCCAACCGGAAACCGCUCCUUGCAUCUGAAAUCUUUGAAAAAGAUCCGGACCAUUUGAAAGCGUGAGUGAACACGUUUUGCCGUUUGGGUUCCACCCCGGAUUGCCGUCAUCUUUUGCGAGUUCGUGCGUCAAUUGUCUCCGCGUUAAUCGGUUCAGUUCGUUCGUCGAGGUUAGGAUUGGACCAUUUAAAGACCUCUCGAAAAGAUCGAUCUAUUUAUCUGCGCAAAUUUUAUAGAAAAAAUUAAAAUUAAUGUCGAUCAACACCACAGAAAGUGCGUGCGUAAACAUAUGUAAAUAGUGCGUUCGAGUGCUCUAGACUAGACUUAUAGGUACGUGCCAAUGUGAAGAAAGAGUUAAAUUCUAAAAAAAAAAAAAGGUUGAAAUGUUUUUGUUAAAAAAUUAGUUCUCAAAGUUUAUCGUGAUCCUCGUCCUAAUUGCUGAUGAGGCAGGUGAAUGAAUAGACGUGUGAAUGUGAAGCAGUUAAAGUAACGUGCCAAAGUCAUUUGAUGAUUUCAUCGUCCGUUCGCAAGACCACUGCUAGCGUGCAUGGCUAGAUCAUCCUCUUUUUAAAAGAUGAGUGCAAAAAUCAGCUACCAGAAAAAUGUCAAGAGAUAUUACCACACGAAAGUAGGUAAUCAUGAGUUUAGUGCAUAUUAAAAGUUAAUAUCACCAACCCGUCUUUUACAUGACAAGUUCGCGCGUCAAGAAAAAAACAUUUGCUGUGAUUCCCGUGGAAGCAAACAGAGUAUCAUGAUAACGUCAUCAUGAUUUAUUGUUUGCUGUGGUUUUUAUCGUUGCUUGCAUCGGAAGGGGGUUAUCAUGCAGCAAGAACGGUCUAUAAAGGGAACGUGAAUUUGCUGGACGCUGUGACGGUUUUAACGGACACCCGGACGAAAAUGGUGGACGGGCCGGAUGGGUUCCCGGUGGUGGAGCUCCAGCCGGGCUCGGACAACAAGCUCCCGCAACGGAUGCUUCUGCCGGACAAACUGGACGCCGAGUUUGCCAUCCGCAUCGCCGCCCGCCUCGACUCCCUCAAAGGCGGCUUCGUCUUCGCCAUCGUCAACCCCCUGGAAACGGUUGUGCAGUUGGGUGUAAGAUUAGAGCCAACGAGCGAGCAGUCGAUGAAUGUAAAUCUCUACUACACUGAUCCAAAACUGUCCGUCUCCCAGAUGAUAGCAAGUUUCACGGUCCCUUUCAAGCUGAGAAGAUACUUCGAGUUUCUUAUCCGCGUGAAGAAGGAGGAAGUUGUCUUAGCCUCUUGCAAAAAAUCCCAGGAAAUCCGAGUAAACCGGGUGCCUAUGGAGCUUGUUUUCGAUUCAGCCUCAACUCUGUACAUCGGUCAAGCAGGUCCAAUCAUUAACUCUCCAUUCCAGGGUGCUCUUAAAGAGGUCAGACUAUUCAGCUCUGCUGACGUCACUGAAGAAUUAUGUCCUAAAUAUUUACAGGCGGAACUAAAUGACGAAUCAGCUGAACCCAGUGACGCGCAAGACACUGAGUUCCCAUUUUCAGAUGCAGAGGCGACCACUGUUACUGUUCAGGAGGAUGAUCUCAGCUCAACAGACGAUGACCAUGGUAGAAGAGAGAAGAUUCCUGAUUUUCCGCCACCCCCACCGAUUGAUGGGAAUUUCAGACUAGGACUCAAAGGGGAAAAAGGAGACCGAGGAGAAUCGAUCAGAGGACCACCAGGACCACCAGGUCCACCGGGACCACCAGGUCCGCCUUUCUCCGGCGGCGAGCACAGCGAGGACAUCGGGUCGGGAGAUGACGAGAAGAUCAAGGAUUUAAUCGUUAAGCUCCUUCCUGCCAAUAAAGAAUUUGACGGUAGACGUGGACUAGUCGGGCCACCAGGGCCUCCUGGAACAUGUGCCUGCAACUUGACAACUCUCUUCGGUUCGAACAACAUACCAAAGCUCCUGCCAGGUCCUCCAGGAAUUCCCGGAAUAGAUGGCAAAGCUGGACCUCCGGGGACACCGGGAUUACCAGGACCUCCUGGAGAGCAAGGAGCAACCGGUCUUCCUGGCGAAAAAGGUGAUCGUGGAGAUGUGGGGGCUCAAGGUCCAGAAGGGAUCCAAGGAUCUAAAGGAGAACCAGGCGUUGAUGGGGCGCCAGGUUUGCCAGGCGCGCCCGGGCCACCAGGUCCUCCAGGACCGUAUGAAGUAUCUAUCCAUGACCCGAGUUGGAAACCAAGACCAAUUUACAAGGAGUCUGGAAUGAUAGGACUUGGCUCAAGUCUAGACGCAACUCUUGGAAGACCAGGAAGUCCUGGUCCUAAAGGAGAGCCAGGUAUUGAUGGAGCGCCCGGGCAGAAAGGAGAUCGUGGAACUGCAGGCGCCAAGGGGGCUAGAGGUGAAUCAGGUGCUAAAGGAGCUAAAGGUGAUAAGGGACAUCCAGGUGCAGCUGGAAAACAGGGGUUCAAAGGGGAACCAGGAGUACCAGGAAUUGAUGGCGUCCCUGGUACCCCAGGAGAAAAUGGCCGUCCAGCAGAAAAAGGAGAAAAAGGAGACACAGGUUUGCCGGGACCUCCAGGUCCACCAGGUCCAGCAAUACCAACAUUUGGCUCAGAUGAUGAAACUAUUGCGUCUCCCCAAAUCGGCAGAGAAAUGAUUUAUGCCGGUGAAAAAGGUGACAAGGGUGACCACGGUGAUAAAGGAGAGCCUGGUGAACCAGGUUUACCUGGCAUGCCUGGCACACCGGGAGCGAAGGGCGAUCUCGGAUUGGAAGGUCCACCAGGGUUGCCAGGAGUACCAGGAACACCAGGACCUGCUGGACCAGUCACCGUUGUGAGUCCUGAUGGAGAAAUUGUUACUGUCAAAGGAGAAAAGGGAGAUAUGGGCAAGCGUGGUAGAAGAGGGAAACAGGGCCCACCUGGACCCCAAGGCCCUCCUGGUCCACCGGGAGAGUUCGGAUUGCCUGGCAGACCGAAGGGUUCACAGGGGCGACCUGGGAUACCAGGGCUUCCUGGAGGGCCACCUGGGCCCAAAGGAGACAAAGGAGAUUCAGCUUUGAUGAAAGGAGACAAAGGUGAACCAGGAGAGGUAGGCUUUCCUGGUCAGCCCGGUAACGUAGCAGAAUGUUCGUGCACACAGGGACCUCCAGGUCCACCUGGAUUACCGGGAUUGCCUGGACUUUCAAUAACUGGACCCAAAGGAGAACCUGGAAUGCCAGGAUUGUCGGGCAGGCCCAUUUAUGGAGAAUCUAGUCCUCAUUCUCAUUAUGGCAAACCUGGAAUGAGCAGCUUGGAAGAAUUGAGAUCUUUGUCAGGAAAAACCUUGCAAGAAGUGCGGGAGGAGUCAGAGAGUGCACCAGGACCUCAGGGACCACCCGGGCCCCCAGGACCUCCUGGCCUACCUGCUGAGUCCUCUCAAUCUUCGCGUAGAGUAGGUUCUGGAGCAGUUGUAUUUGAAACGCUCGACCAAUUGCUACAUUCAUCAGCACCAUUGGGGACCAUAGCUUAUAUUAUCAUAGAACAAACACUGCUCGUUCGUGUGAAAUUGGGAUGGCAGUAUAUUGCUUUGAGCAAUUUAAUUUUAGAGCCAACAGAAGCCCCGAUUCCUCAGUUCCCAUCUUCGCCACCACCAACAGCAGCUCCUCGUCUUCCUUUGGAGUCAUCAAAUUUGAUUAACAAUGACCCAUUACCAAAAGAAAGCCAUAGUCGACAUCCAAGAACGCUUCGACUUGGUGCUCUGAAUGAACCACACUCGGGAGACGUUCAAGGCAUUCGAGGGGCAGACUUUGCAUGCUACCGCCAAGCAAGACGAUCUGGACUGCAUGGAACUUUCCGAGCUUUCUUGUCAUCAAGAACCCAAAACUUGGACUCGAUCGUGAAACUCUCAGAUAGAGAGCUGCCUGUGGUAAAUCUCAAGGGAGAUAUUCUCUUCAACUCGUUUAUGGAUAUUUUUGACGGCAAAGAGGGUUUCUUCACCCAUCAAUCAAGAAUCUAUAGCUUCAAUGGAAAGAAUAUCAUGACCGACCCUACAUGGGUUCAAAAGAUUGCAUGGCACGGUGCUUACGAAACUGGAGAGCGGGCUUUAGAAGCCUCUUGUGAUGCCUGGAAUUCUAACUCAGGGGAUAAACAAGGUCUAGCGUCUUCUUUGUUGAGUCACAAAUUAUUGAGUCAAGAUAAAUUCUUGUGCAAUAAUAAGUUUGCAGUCCUGUGCAUAGAAGUCACUAGCCAAAGCGCCGAAAGACGUCGCAGAAGACGAAACUUAGAAGUAGAUGCCACGGAUGAGGAUGACGAUUUUGAGCUCCAAAUGAAAGAAGAGCAGCUUCAAAGCCACUUGAAAGACAUUAUUAUGGAAUAAAAUUUUUCGAUCAAAACAUGCUUCCACCAAAAAGGGCGUGUGUGACCAUCCACAGGAAAAAAGAUCUCAAGUCACAAAAAACUAGUUACAGACAUCAGAGCGUAGAUGAAUGCUUUACAAGCUUUUUGAGAUAAAAAAGAAACUCUUAAAAAUAUAGAGUCCAACAAGUUCAUAAAACAUAGUUCUGAGGAACAGAUAUAGAAAAUUCUAAGCCGCCACAUUUUGAGUGUAAAAUUAUGAUCCAACUUUAUGUUCCUUAUCAGCACAAAAAGGAAAAAUAUCAAUAUUCAAUUUUCUGACCCAACUCAAUUAAAAUAUCAUCUAAAGAAUAAGGUUCCUUUUCCUGUGGAUGGUUACAUAUCUGUUACCGAAGACUUAGGUACCAUAUACCAAAGCAUUAAGUACCUCUAUUUUCCACAGAGGCUCAUCAACUAAUAUCAGUGAUAAUUGAUUUUUUUAUCUCUUUUAUACACAAACUAGGAAAUUAAUCAAAGAUUAUUACUAAAAUAUGGACAAGUUUUAUUGUCCAAAUAAAUCGACUGUUCCGUUGAUAUUAAUUUGAUAAUUUCUCUCCCUUUUUAUUAUUAUUUAUUUCCUUUUCUUUUAUAUCGGUAGGUAUUUUUCGACAAGAACAAAAUCUGUGCGAUUUAAGCUGAGGAUCAAUGAUUGGACUCAAUUCUGAGGGUUCAAUUUUUUUUUUUUGGAAUGAGUUUCUUUCGUUUGCAUGCUGAUUCAUGUAGCUAUAAGUACAUAUCAUCCUUUUGCAACUCAAAAAUAAAUAAAAAACUAGGUUUUGCAUUUAAGUAAAGGAUAUUUUGAGUUACCAUUGACUGUGCAGAGUGGAACCAGUGCGAAAUAGACAAAAUUGCUUGUAAUAUUCUUGUGAACCAGCUUCUGAGUAGUGUAAAUAAAUAAACCAGCUAUUCAAUAAGUUUUUUAUAUCUCAAAGCCAUUUCAUCGGUUCUUUUCAGGUUGUAAAACUUAAUUUAUAGGUGUAUUUGAGACUGAUUUCAUUACUAGUCUUAAAAAAAUCACUUAUCUUUUUUUAGUCUGACUCGCAAAGCAUUAGCUUAGAGUAGCGAACACCUUGAAAUAUCUUGAAGCCCUGUUGCUUUUCGGAAUUCUGGCUAAUCAAGAUAGAAUUAACAAAGCCAAAAGUUUUUAAUGAUGUCCGUGUUUCUUUUUUUUCCAACAAACUUUCUUGAAAAAAAAAAAAAUUUUAUGCCAAAUAUCCGGAAACCACCAGAAUGCUUUGAACAAAGGCCAGAAUAAUUUUCCAGUAUCAUCAGGCAAAAUCAGUAUUGAACGGCCUUCAUUAAAAUCAGCAUAACUACAUCAAACAUUGCCUAAUUUUCUCUGAAACUUUUUUUUUUAAACAGAAAACCAAGCAACACUAAAAUCUGAAAUUUUGUGAAUAUAUUUGUAUUCUCCCUAAUCCAGGAUUAAUUCACAAAGAGUUAUGCAGAAGAGUUUUGUUUUAGUAAAAAGCAGAACAUGAGAGGAAAUAAGGUCAAUGUAACAUGCAGUUAGGCAGAUUCUGGCCAGAUCAGUCCAAUUUUAAGAGACAAAAAAAUACAUGCUAUAUUCUGUAACUGUUACUACUGUUGUUCCCUGGAUUAAACGCUCAACUGGGGCCUUGUCUCCGCGGCAUAUUCUCAUGAGAUUUUUCACAGGGUCAAAUUGCGGGGAAAAAACUCAGGUAAUUACUUGCAGUUGCCGUCUCCACAGGGUGGGGCUCCAACGUUCUUGCGGUUGUGAAGUUUGUGUGAGAAGAUAAACUGAUAAAAAUCGAGUAUUUAAAGGUAAUUAAGGUAACUUGAAGUUUAAUUAAAGUACCAAAGACGAUUGACAAUGAAAAAAAUUACUCAAAGUAAAGGAACAUGAACAAUCAAGAGAACAACUAAGUAUCACACAAUUCGCUCUCACUUCUUAUUUUUCUCUCAGUUGGUCUACAAGCAAAAGUUCUACAAGAACCAAACUUGGUACUGCAAUUAAUAUCGAGUAAUUCAAUAUUUAUUGAAACUUUGUAAGUUAAACAAAAACGGCCCGCAGAGACAAGACCUACUAACUGAAUAGUUUUGUGGUGUAGUAAUUUCAAUAAUUUUAACGAUAAUCAACAUUUCGAAAUGUUAUAAGAAACUCUAGCUGAAGUUCACUGAUAACCAACAUGUAGAUUUGCAAAUAUCGUUCCCAUUAAAAUGGCAACUCAUUUUAUAUGUCAUCCUUUAUGAAAUUGUAUUUCAUUGAACUGAAAAAAAAAACAUUUCUGCGAUACUUAAUUUUAAUUAUUUCACCAGGAGUGUGAACUACUGCCAACCUCUAAGUUAAUUUCACUCUUUUUUUAAAGUUAUCUGUGAGUUAUUUUGGUUUAAAACCUUUGGUUUUGUAAUAGAGUUUGCAUACUUCUUUCAAAGUGAAGAUUGAAUCUAAGUCAGGCUGUAAAUACCAUAUUGUUUUCAAUUUUUUAGGCUGAUGAAAUUCAGCCCAAUAAGCCAGCCAGAGAAAAUUACCUAUGUUCUUUGAUGUUAUUUCAGGGAAUUCUAAGUGGAAAAUAAUAUUAGUGAACCGUUUUUCGGUGCUUUUUUGAGUUUUGAAGAAAAUUGAAUCAUAUAGUUCCAUAAAUUAAAGGAUCUCCUCCUUUCUGUAAUUAUUUUCUUGAUCUUUUUCUAACUC